AUGAGAACCCCGGGACGCCGGGGCGCGGCCGGGCGCGGUGCCAUCUGCGAGCCCUUCCCUCACGAUGUGCCCCGUGGUGACCGGGGUGCGGAGGAGAGUGUCCCCGGCAGCCUGAGUCUUCGGGGAGUAAGCAAAGGCAUCACCGGGUUUCGCCCAGGAGCACACCACCACCUUCGGGCCAGGCCUCCUGCCAGAGGAUUCCCAGGGAAACAGCACCACCUGCGUGCCAGGUCCCCUGCUGGACGACCCCCCGCGGCAGAGCAGCACUCCAGUGCCAGGCCCCCUGCUGGAGGGCGCCCUGGAGAACAGCAGACCCUCCUCGCUAGGCCCCAGUCUGGAGGACGCCUGGGAGUACAGCGUCACCUCCAUGCCAGGCCCCCAGCCAGAGGCGGAGGAGGAAUCAGGACCAACACCAUCAGUCCAGCCCCCCAGCCCUCCAGCACCACCCUAAGACCUCCCCCAAGAGGUAGCUGGCACCUCCAGCACCAUAACAAUGCACUGGCCCCAUUAGGAGGAACCAGCCAGGAAAAAAAAAAAGGCAGACAAGGUGGGAGGGCCAGAGCCAGGAGGAUCCUAAAUUCCAUCUGGAGAUUUUGCUGCUGCUGCCCACCAUUCGGACCCCACAACAAGACAAAGAACAUCUACUGCCACACCCAGCAGAAACUCCCUCCCCUCCACCCCAAAGCUCAGCCGCCCAGUGGCCAUGGUGAACAGGAGCAUACCAGGGGAGGGGCAAGGCUCUGGAGAGGGCUCAGGGGCUGGGCCCAGUCAGAGGCCCAGCAUGAGACGCACAGGACUGCAGCACAGAAGUCUGGGCAGCACCGAUGGCCCUGGAACACAGAUGUCCCUGGAGCAGAGCAGGUCAUUGGUGGUGCAAGGAGGCAGCUGCUGAUGGACAGACUGGCUCCCCACUGCAGGGGGGGCCUCCAGGGGACCUGCUCUGCCUGUGCUGGGGCAUGGAGGCAUCUGAAUUCUCUUUCUCUGCCUGCAGGAGACAGUCAGAAAUGGAUUGUUCUGUUAACAUGUCUAUCCCAUAAAACAUUAAAUCAUUGUUUGACACCGACUGCAUUUGCUUCUCAUGUAUGAAUGCACCCACACUCC